UUUGUCUUGCUUUAUUGCCAGGGCAAUGCCUCCAUCCUGUCCAAGAAGAUUCGUUUCUAGUAUCUGAAAAAUCCUAAGAAAGCCAAGUCAAAAGAGAUCAGGUAGAUGGGAGCCGUUCAUUCAUCAUCUCUGGCUCUCUCCACCUCCACUGACACUUGUUUUAUCCCUGGGACGUCCGCUCUUCGUCCUCGCGCAUCCAAAGUUGUGUCCAAACUCAAAUCGAACUCUUCCCUUUCUGGUCGGAUUUGGAGAGACGAUAAAAUCCUAGAUCCACCCGUCUCGAUAUUCACGAGCACCGUCGCCCAAGAUUCAAUCUUUGCGCAGUCUCUCCCUUUGAGGUGUGCGAGGCUCGAGAUGGCGACCAAGAACGAUGCGGUGGCGGGAAAACCCACGUUGGGUUUCGUCGAAAUUGAUCAGGAUUUGGUUGAUGAGAUGGUUUAUGAUGCUCUUGUCUGGAGUUCUCUUCAUGGGUUCGUCGUUGGCGACAGAAAUAUUGAGAGAUCAGGAAAAGUACCUGGUGUCGGUCUGGUGCAUGCUCCGUUUGCUUUAUUGCCAUUCUCAUUCCCGGAGAGUCAUUUUAGAGAGGCUUGCGAAUUAGCUCCUAUUUUCAAUGAGCUUGUUGAUCGUGUGAGUUUGGACGGGAAGUUUUUACAAGAUUCAUUAUCCAGAACAGAGAAGGUGGAUGCUUUCACCUCUCGACUUUUAGAUAUCCAUUCCAAGAUGAUGGAAAUUAAUAAGAAACAUGAGAUACGACUGGGUCUGCAUCGAUCAGAUUAUAUGCUUGAUGAACAAACCAAGUUACUGCUUCAGAUAGAACUGAACACCAUAUCAUCCUCAUUUCCGGGUCUUAGCUGUCUUGUGAGCGAGCUUCACAGGUCCUUGCUGAACCAUUAUGGAGAAACUCUUGGGUUAGAUCCCAGGAGGAUCCCUACUAAUGCUGCUGUGAGUCAUUAUGCAGAGGCCUUGGCGAAAGCUUGGAUUGAGUUCAAUAACCCAAAGGCCGCUGUUCUGGUUGUGGUUCAGCCAGAGGAACGGAAUAUGUACGACCAGCACUGGCUUUGCUCUGUCUUGAGGGAAAGACAUAAUGUGAGGUCUGUUCGAAAGACCUUAGCAGAAAUUGAUGCAGAGGCGAAGCUUCAGCCUGAUGGCACGUUACUUGUAGGUGGAGUCCCUGUAGCAAUUAUUUAUUUUAGAGCUGGGUAUACCCCAAAUGAUUAUCCUUCAGAAUCGGAGUGGAGAGCCAGGCUACUUAUGGAAGAGUCAUCUGCAAUUAAGUGCCCGUCAAUAUCUUAUCAUUUAGCAGGCACCAAAAAGAUUCAACAGGAACUUGCAAAACCUAAUGUACUUGAAAGAUUCCUUGAGAACAAAGAAGACAUUGCCAAGGUCCGGAAAUGCUUCGCAGGGUUAUGGAGCUUAGAAGACCCUGAUAUUGUUGGUAAAGCAAUUGAAAGUCCCGAGCUAUUUGUCAUGAAGCCCCAGAGGGAAGGGGGAGGAAACAACAUCUAUGGCGACAAUGUGAGAGAAACCCUCUUAAGGCUGCGGCGUGAAGGGACUGAGGAGGAUGCUGCGUACAUCCUUAUGCAAAGAAUUUUUCCAAGCAUUUCUCCCACAACUCUCGUCCGUGAUGGCAUUUGUUAUAAAGAUCACGCCGUGUCAGAACUUGGGGUAUAUAGUGCUUAUUUGAGGAACAAAGAGAAUGUCAUCGUAAACGAACAGUGUGGUUAUUUAAUGAGAACAAAGAUAUCGUCAUCAAAUGAAGGUGGAGUCGUUGCUGGAUUCGCAGUUCUGGAUAGCUUAUAUCUGACUUGAGAUUUGAGGCGCUUGGAUCUCAGCUGUAUUCUCUUGUUAAACUCUUCAUUCUGAUUUCUAAUAGUGACUGAUGCAUGCUCACAAGUCCUCUGAACAAGUUUUGCUACCCCAUUGGAUGUGGAAAUUGUGCGAGUCGAUAAAGUUAAAUCCAAUUGAAGAUUUUUUAUUUGAAGAGGAAAUUGAGGGCAUUAUACGUUUUCCAAUUUGUUGGCAGAAGUCUGGUGCAGGGUCAGUGAAAACAAUAUGUUGCAUCUGAUCUAAUGUAUUUUCACUUGACACUACAUAAUGAUCUGAAAAGGUGGUCUCAGUGGGAUGUUGAUUUUUUGUAA